AUGACAGAAAGAGCAGAAACCGUGAAAAGCACAUUGAAUUUUGUACAAAAUUUAGACUUAUCGAGUUUCGAAAAUAUUGUUGAGAGGGUAAGACAUCUGGAGAGGUUUGUCAUUUCAACACAAAAGUCAGUUGAUCACUUGGAGACAUAUGCAAGUAAGCCAGUAACAUGGCUUUCGUAUUUCAAGAAAUGUCCAAUACCUGCUUCUGAAAACUUUCCUGAUGCUUACGUAAAGCCUAGCAUAAAUCUUUCAGCUCUAGAUAGGGACAACGUAAUCCAAAUGUUCGGAGAAGUAGAGGUAAUUAACACUGGAAAGAAAUGCAUUGGGAAUGAAUGUCUCUUUGAAGUUUUUUCAGACGUUGUAUUGAACGAAACAGUUGAAGUGGAUGGAAUAUGGAAGAGUUUACACAUUUCCUGCGUAACACCAGAGAGAUUCUGGACCAGUAACCAUAGAAAACUUCUCCUAGUACUCAAAAACGAUAGAGUACUGUAUCGUGAAAAAGACGUUUUAAUUGAUGCUGAUUUUCCGUGUGUCCAUUCAGUAACCAGAACAGGGGAAUUGAUUUAUAUAGACAAAAGACACAACGUUAAGAAAGUGGAAAGAGAGAAAAAAUUGCACGUGACAAGAAUUUUGAUUGCGAGAACUCACCCCUGGAAACCUUGUAGCCUCUAUUGCUCCAAUUUAAAUGACGAUUUGUUGAUUGGUAUGUGGAGUCGAAAAAAUGAUGCAUCAAUGGUUGCAAGGUUUGACAGGUCAGGAAGACCAAAACAGAAUGUCCGAUAUAAUGAACAGGGUAAACCUCUUUAUAAAAGAGCCUUAUACAUAACAGAAAAUCAGAAUGGUGACGUCAUUGUAUCUGAUUUGUGGAAUGGCGUUGUGGUGGUAAAUGGAGAGGGGAAAUACCGUUUUUCGUACAAAAGUCCUCCAUCUGGACAAAGAUUAUCACCACAUGGGGUUUGCACGGAUGUUUUAAUGCACGUACUAAUUUGCGAUUACAAUACCAACUGUGUUCAAAUGAUUGAUAAGGAUGGAAACUUUUUACGAUUUCUACUGACCAAUAGGAAUGAUAUGAACGAACCCCGAAGUCUCUUCUAUGAUAAUAAAAACCACUUGCUUUGGGUUGGAUCACAAGACAAAAAUACCAAGCUUUCUAUUUACCGAUACAUAAACCGCAAGAAUCUAUACUAA